AUGGAAGUAGACGAAACGGCCGACGGCUUGCUCACGCUGUUCGACAUAACGCUCGAAAACUUUCCCUGGCGCCCGCCGGUCCCACAGGAGAUUGAGGCGCGGCGCGUACAACUCGCAGAUGUGCUUAUUUUUGAUAUUCUGCUUGCCUCGGGUGGGAUCCGGCAUGCAAGCAUACUCUACCCGCCCGCAGACGCGCACGCGCUGCAGCGCCUGCUCGAUGCGAUCGUCAGUUCGACGUACGACGCGCUCAAGCAGGACUGUCUUAUCUAUUUUUUGCUCAGAUGGCAUCGUGAUGGGCGAGAGCAGCAGUUUAUGAAGGACCGGUGCAUUUCGCCACAGUUCGUGGCGCUUGCGGAUGCGUACUGGUACUUGGAUACGGGUAUAGAUGUUGGGAAAGGAAUAUCUCUGCUCGCCGACGCCCGGCUAAAUAAAGACUACACGUCGAAGAUCCUGCAAGUGCUGUCACUAACCGACACUCCCGGCGCGUUCAUCCGCCAGUACGUCCGCACCGCGAAGCCACUGCUGACGGAGCCCGAUGACAUCGAUGCGUACGCACUUGCGCUCGCGGAAUCGAGCCUCAUGGAGGCGUGGCAAUACCAGCGGACAUUUUCCGAGAAAACCGACACACGUCGGCAGCUUCUGCGGGGGAUCCUGGACUGGUGCUUGACGCCAAGACCUCGCGCAACCCCGCUCAAGCACCUGCUAGCCUUCCCCUUCUCCGACUACGAACAAUCCUCCGUCAACUCCUACGCGCUGAACCCGCCCGCAGGUCUCCCGCCACAUUCUGUGUCCGCAAUCCAGGACCUCGUAUGCCUGCGCCUCGUGCAGAGCGGGCAAUUCGCUGCGGCGAUCGUGCUCGACCGCCGAUUCUCCAACGUGUCCGGGUCCGGCGGCGUCGGUGACCGCAGCGAGCGCGCGGCGCACGAGCGCCGGCAGAUGAUGGACGAGCUCAUGACGCUUAUGCCCGCGGCUGAGCGGCUGCUGCUAGAGCUCGAGCUCGAGCAGCUCGCGCAGGGCAAGGGCGAACCCUCGCUUUCUGCAUCCUGCAGCGCGUCACCGUGGACUACGCGCGCGAGCGACUUGAACAUGUCCUGGGAAAACGUGCGUGCCCCGCUGGCCGCAAAUGGUGCGAGUAUAUCUGCAGGGGCGAAAACCGCGCGCGUCGACAGUCCUCUCCCACCAAUACCGCGCCGCUCUGGCGCGCCUCGGUUCGGCAUGUCGGUUCCUGCACAUCAGGCUGUACCCGAUGACGACAUGCUUCCUCCCCUCAUACCCACCACACAAGCACCCCACAUUCCAACAUCCAUCUCUGCCCCGCCAAAACCACCGAUCUUCCACUCUACCUUCGCUCCCCGCAAAUCGCUUGGAAGCACGCCCUUCGCGGGCCUCUCAAGCCAACCAUUCGCUGCGGGACAGCCAUUCUCCCCAUUGCAAAAUUCGCGAGGGCCUGCAUUGCAGGCCCGCCCGGGCUCGCUGUUCGAGCUUGCGGGCAGCGCGAACCAGAAACCCAACGCGUUCUACCAGCCGCCGCCCCCUGCGACGGGUAAGCGGCCGUUCGGCCAGGACGCCCCGCGACCGGCUGUACCUCCCCCACCGCGUUCCGCACCACAGAAGGCCGUCACGCCCACACAGCCGGACGAGGACGUCACUAUGGAGCCAGGAGAGCCUCCCGAGCACGUAGGAAACGGCAGCGCGCGCGCAGGCGAGCAGCAUGCAGACGGCGAGCGCGUAUCCGCCGAGUUCUCCGUGUCUGUGUUUUCACGUCCCCUCCCUCCGGACACUCUCGCGGACGACGAGAAGCCACGUCCUGCACAGCCUGAGCUCCGCCAGAAGUCAACGUCACUCAUGCCGCCCGGCGCGUUUCUCCCGGAUUCGGACGAGAGCGAGUCCGAGCGCCUGCCUACCCCAGUAGUGCCCGCACCCGCGCCCACGCAUGCGCGCAGAAGAAAGCCGGAGCCGCGCACGCCUUCGCCCCCGUCGGCGCACACGCGCAGCGCGCGCCGCGGCUUGCGGCGGAGCAUUCCGGGGGCUCUGAUGCCAGACGACGGGGACGACGAAGAGGAAGAGGAAGAGGACACUGUCCCGCCGCUCCCACCAACCACCGCCCGCCGCCCGACUCGACGAGCGCGCGCACGUAGCAGCGCGGAGAGUGUCGACAGUCAGGAUGAUGAGCCCCCCACACCCGCGCGCCUGCGACGCUCGUCGCGGCUAUCCGCGGCGCCAGCGCACGAGGAAGAGGUGGUUCCGGCGACACCUGCAAAGACAAGGAGACAAAGUACGCGUCCGUCGACUGGCACGACACCUGCGAAGACGGCUCGGAAGAAGCGGUGA